UGUGUUUGGCAUCUCAUUACGCGAGCUCCACACGUGUUGGUAGGUUCGCCUUCGCAGCCGCCUGUCACACGUCACCUCUUUUGUUACCGAAAAUCAAUUAAUUAGCCCGUGUUUGGAGUCGUAGACGUGUGCGGGGGACCAUGCCCAAGUUCCGCCAGCGAGUGGCGCUUUGUUCCUUCCUCUCCUAAGUUACUUUCCUUACCAGAGCGGUACGAUCGUGUGGAGAGGCGACAGGACCUUUCUGAGAAGGCUUCUGAGGUGUCUCUGCGGCGUGAAGUUUGCCAGAUUUGCAGUGGUGUGUAACGCGCGGACGUGAUUUGUUGUCUCGGACGGGGGCAGGUACGGCAACCGAAGACGCUCCGGUGUUUUCGUCGUAGACAACAAGUCUACAGUGUCUGUCCUGUGAUCGGGACUGACUGUUUUCAGUUCCCGCGACUACUGGAGAACUUGUGCGGCGGUGUUGAACAUUCCUGCACGGUGUGUUUACCAUGUAAACUGCCCCCUCACGAGAAGUACUAGCAGGCCGACCCAAGGUGCGUAGGACGGCGGCCGGGAAGACUUAAGCAUGCGGCCGUUGCGGACUGCCUCGCCAGCGGCGACGACCCUGCUACUAUGGACAUUCUGGCUGGGAGCCUCGGCUACUAGAUACUCCGAGGACCAGUGCGACUGGGCCGGAAGUGGUCUGACGCAGCAGCAAGAAUCCAAGAGUGUGCAGCAGGUGUACUUCCGAUGUGUGGAAGGGACGCUCGAAUGGAAAUAUCCACGCGGAGCGUUACGGAUUGUUCUCGAGCACGGAACGUCGGGAAGAGACUUUAAGGGAUGCGUACAAGCAGACCGGACGUUUAGUGGUGCCAAUGUUUAUCUCGAAGAAGGUGAAAAUCUAAAACUGAUAAUCCAAGACGGAGAGUCUUCUGACAAUCUUGAAAGACUAAGAUGUUUUAGUUCAAGAAAAGGAAGAACGGCUCUAUAUGUAGAAGCUGCUGCACACCUGUCUGGGGCAGAGGCUGUGGUCAGAAGAGCCGUGACUUUGAAAUAUGAACUUCAGCUGGUCACUCAAAGACAUUUUCGGGAUAAUGACUUUGAAGAGUGCCGGCCAUGCAAUGACACUGAGCUGAUGACAGCUUUCUGUAGCAGUGACUUUGUCGUGAAAGCAAGGAUCAAGUCAGUGACAAACAAUGCCGACACCAAGGAAUCCACGCUGGAGCUCUCGGCAAGCCAGGUGCUGCGUCAGAAGGAGAGCAUCUUUGUGGCCAACAGCCACGGUCACCACCACGGCCUGGUGCGGACGCCGCUCAAGUGCGGAGUGCAGCAGGGGGAGGGACAGUUCCUGAUCACGGGAAGCAUUCACUUUGGGAAGGCGCGGCUGGGCUGUGCACCUCGGUUCAAGGAAUUCAAGAAGUUGGCAGAAUAUGCCACCAGGACAGGAAGGAACAUGUGUAACAUGGAGGAGGUGAUCACUGGAAAGGAUGAUCUAUGACCUGUUCUGUGGCCUCCACAGGAACCAUCCCACCCCCCUCACCCUACCCUGCUGCUGUGCAGCUGAGCAAAAAAGUGGCCCAGUUCUUAUAUGGAAGUGAUUCAACAGGUGAUAUUUUUGCUCCCAGUACAAAGACUCGAAAGAGGAUACUUGCUAUCACUUUACAACUAUACCAUGACCCUUUGCUACUGCAAAUUUUUGUCCUUUCUUCCUCCAUGUUGCACUCAUGGAGAAACAUUUACGGAGGCAAAACUUGGUCACCCUUGCCAAACAUGGAAUGUUUGUGCACCAUAUGUAACAAUCUGAUGGGACAGUUUGGGCACAAGGUCGUCACUCCCUGCAGUAGAGGUCACCUUGGCCCAGGACACACAUUUGGUACGGCCAUCUUUUGUGACCUUAUGACGACCUUCAGUGCAACUUCCGCCCAAAUAUUAAAUGAUAAAGUAAACACCCCUAGAGGUGUAUGGCCCCGGCCACCUUUCAGCAAGAUACAGUUCCCAGGAUGAUUCUGGAUGGAGUAUUUCCCCACCUCAGAAUGCCCAGGAUACAUCUGGACCUAAUCAAGGGCCACAAGACUCCUUUGUUUAUGUCUGCUGCCAAGACAAGCAAAGAAAAGCCAAUGUCUCAAUUUAGGGUUCAGUUCAGUGAAACAGUGACUUAAUUUUGUGAUCCCCUGGUCUAAAAGGUGACAUUGACCAAUAUCAAGUACACUGUCAUUAACACAAACACACCCCAGAAACACAUUGAAGUAGUUGGCUUGGGAGAGAGAGGUCUAGUCUCAGCCAAUGGGAGAACAGUUUACUUUAGCAGCAGCAUUUCUAGUUGUUAUGGCUAGAGGCAUCAUGGGUAACCUGAUGGUUGCUAGGCAACCCCAUAGGAUAAUGACUUCUCCAUAACUAUUGGAUGCCAAUCUUUAUGGUUUUCAGAUCUAUCAUUGUCAUCUCAAACAAGGAAAAUUAAACCACUUCCAUGUAUAGGAACUUACUUAUGUGAAUAAUGAUUAUGUCCAGCACAGCUGAAGAUAAUUGCAGCUUUGGUCACAAUCUCCUAUUACAAUACAAGUGAAAUACUGUAAAAUGCUGAAAAACUGGCAAUGCUGAAUCAAAUUAUUUUGGAGGAAGAUUCAAACUGGCAGAGCAUCAUUCUAGAGAACUGUGUACAUUAUUACGUGGCUAGGAGAAAUGUUAGUACAAAAGUGUUAACAAAACUGCCGCAUUUACCAAAAUGCAACAGUUGCCAGGUUUUCCCAUUUUACAGUGCCUUCUGUAUAUUAAUGUAAAUAGGUGGAAAACCACAGAUAAUCUAUUACGUUUUACCUGUAAAUAAUAUCCUAGAUUUUAUCAAUCAGUUUGCAAUCAUAACUGCACAUGGUGAGAAAAUCACUGAUGCUUUCAAUUCCGUUGUCUUUUAAAUCCUCCGCAUUUUAAUAGUACCACGUCAUGUUGUAAAGAGAAAAGACAAUGAUGUUUUAACUAUCCACACUUUGUAGAUACCUUUGUUUGCAUUUAAGAAGAGAUUUUGUGCAAUACAUACUCUUUCUGGAAAAUAUUGCUGUUGUAAAAGACAACAUCAUUCAUUACUGCUGAAAUGUUAUCCUUGUCAAAAACAUACUUGCAAGAUCAAAAUGUAAUAUACCAUUAUCAUACCCCCCCCCUUUUAAGCCAUAAAAACUUGAUUUUAUGGGUCACAGCUAUAGAAUUAAAUCUGUGUGGCCUGGACAUUGGCAUUAGGCAGUACAAGUGUUGUGUUGACUUCUAUCACACAAUAAACUGAUGUGAUAGAUGUAAAGGAACAGAAUAUUUUGUAUUGUAGUAUUAAAUUGAGAGACAUGUUUGGAUAUUCUGAAAUCAUGACAGGAAAAGCAUCAUUUGUCAUCAUCACUUGUGAUAUGGUGUAGACGUAAUGCCAACAGACUUACAACUUCAUGACCAAUGGCUAAGCUUAUCUCUAAAGAUAAGACAGCUGUGCAUUGCUGAUUACAGAGAUCAUGGUGGUCAGUUCCUGUUGAAGUUGAACCACACACAGCUUUAUGCCAAUGUUCAAUCUCACAUUGUGAUUUAGAACUCCUUGCUCCUUGUAUCAUAGUGUACACAUCUUUGUCUGUAAUGACCACCAAACAAUAUGUUAUGCUGCUGUUGUGUUAAAAGGCAUAAUUAGAUGUUGGCAAUCAUGAUUUGUAAUUCUAGACAGCUGACUAGAUUAGCCUAGUUUGUGUAGAAUUCUGUUUUAGAUUAUUCUACUGAAGAAGGCCUGCAUUGUAGCUUAUUCAUGGUCCCAGCACAAGGAUACAGGAAACAGAUUAGGCAUCAAAUUCUUCAUGUUUAUUGGUUACCGGAAAGGUUGACGUAAAACCCUUAACGCCCCGGGCUAACCGGUAACCCCGAAAGUGGAAGGAAAUCAUCAACGUUGCUGACAUGCUGCUGAAAUUUUUGGAGAACUUGAUAAGGACAUCAUCAGUUAUUUUCUGAAUCAUCGGUUUCAUGGGGUAGUUUUUAAAAGCUUAUAUUGGAAGAUUUCUUGGAAACUAAAUUAUGUGCAUAUGGUACUGUAACUAGACACACAGAUAUUAGGAUUAUUUGAAAAAUGAAUGAUGCUUUCAUGGGAUUUUUGGAUUUUGUACAAACACCCCAUGAAAACAUCUGUUUGUCUCCCAGCUAAAUUUACUCGAGUCUUUGAUUUUUUUUCCACUAAUUUGACAGAAAAAAGGAAGAGCUUUAGUUUUGUCACAUUUUAUGUGGAUCAGGGUCGUUUAAUUACCGGCUCUCAUUUGGAACAUGUUUCCUUGUAUGCAACAAACAACCAGAGACGACGAAGGAUUUUCAACCAUUUUGAACCCAAAUGUUUUAUUUCCACACCUGGUAGCAUACAUCACUAGACCGUGGGAAAGAGAAGUCAGAAACCCAUGGUGGUAGAGGGGAGGGAGCUUAGGGCCCUCAUGCCCUUAUUGGGAACCAGGACCUUUUUGGACCAGACCAUUUGUGAUUUAGGAAGACAGUAUCUGGACGUAUCGCACAAAAGGAGCUAUCUUUCUAAAUAUGCCGUUCUAAAAAAGCUCAUUGUGCAAAAUGUAUAGAAAUUAUACACCAUCUGUGCUCUCUUGUGCUGGUGCCAUGAUAUAUUUAAAGCCUAAUCAUCGACAAUGUUACAAAGUUUUCUACACUGCCAUUUUCUUCAUUGAGCUUUUGUAUAAAAAAAUUUGUUCAUUAGAAGUGUGUGGUGUAAUGGGACCACUUGUUUUAGCAAGAUUUUAUAUUCCAAUACAAAUUGUAAGUUAUUUGCAUAAGCGAUACAAUCAUAUGAAUGUACAUGAUAAUGUUUGCCAUACUUGUGUCACUCAUUGAGAAAAUGUUAGCCUUUUUUUGCUGUUUUUGUUCUGAAAUUUAUGCUUUCGUUGUUCUCAGCAUGCUGAUUGCUAGACGUUGUUGUUGGUUUGUAGUUUCUAUGUUAGAGAUGUGUUUCUUCAAUGAGUGCGGAGUUACCUUGCUGUGCUGUACAGCGUUGCUUCAUUUUUUUGUGCAGAAGACGACGUGUACCAUACCAAAAAUGAUGUAAAUACUACUUAUUCCUGACAAUGAAAUGCUGGAAUAAAGUGGAAUAUGGGCAAUGUA